AUGCAGAGAUCUCUGGAUCCCCUGGCCGACUUUUAUGAGAGAACCCAACGUUCAGGGGAGACAGCCUGUUCUUUUGCCAUUGCUUUAGAGGCCACGCUCAGAGAAGUGGAAGACACCCAAAACAGCGGCCGACCAUUCCCAGAUCGUGAUGCAAAACUGGUGCGACAGUUCAUGAGGGGGUUGAUUGAAGAGGAUGUUUUUUUGAGGAUUGCUCCCAUGAAGCCGAGAAUGCUAAGCUUUCGGGAGCUACAGAAUGAGCUCAGGAAUAUAGCUAGAGAAGCCAAGAAGUUCAACCAGCCGAGGCAGAAGAAGACUUUCAGCCAGGUCCAGACUGUCACAAAUAGGCAAAGGUUGAUGACCUGCUGUUUUGGAGACUUGAACUACUCGCACCUCCCUGAAAAGAUAAGCAAGGUGAAGGACUGGCCACAGCCAACAAACCGUAAGGAGGUCCUUCGUUUCCUGGGGUUUGCGGGGUACUACAGGAGGUUUGUGGAGAGCUAUGCAAAGAUUGCUGCACCCCUCUACCGCCUCACUUCUGGUGACCCCAGAAAGAAAAAAAGGGGUCCAGGACUACGGUCUGGCCUGGCUCGCGUGGUCUUCCUCCUUCUCCUUGGGAGUGCGUGCGUGGUGCACGCGUCGUGCGCUCCAGGCCCUUCUCUGGGUCUGGGCCUGUUGUGGGACUUUGCCGUGAUUCCCCCACGUCUCUCCCCCUCCUCCUGCUGCCUGCGGGUGCGCGCACUGUCACCGGCAGGCACGAGGCGCACAGCGUGCGUGGCCCACGUUGGAGCCGCCACCUCCUGUUAA